AUGAAUGCGCUGAUGAUAUUCGAUGCUGAAGAUAUCGGAGAAGACAUGGAAGAUCACAAAGACCCCUUGGAACUCAUGCUACCAAUAUCAGGAUGCAACAUAAGAAAGGUUCUGAUCGAUGAAGGAAGCUCAAUCAACAUUCUAUUCUACGAUAUGUUUAAACGAAUGGAAUUGAAUGAUGAGCAGCUGAUGACUUCUUACUACACCAUCUAUGGGUUCAAUGGCGCCCCAACGAAACCGUUAGGAGACAUCGUCUUAGAAGUCAAGGCAGGGCUGAUGAAGGCCAGUACCCGAUUCAGCGUGGUGAACGCACCAUCCCCUUAUAACGCCAUCAUUGGACGAAGAUGGGUGCACAAACUCAAAGGGGUAGCAGCAACAUACCACCAAUACCUUCGGUUCCCAACACCCGAAGGGGUAAUGGAAAUCAAGGGCGACCAACUCACCGCACGGGAAUGUCAGGAUCUACAAAUCAACUCAAUAGUGAAUAAGAAGAGCAGCGUAAAGCCCGAAGGGGGAAAAAGAAAGCUGCAGCUAAAGACAAGGCGAUCGAUCUGUAUCUCGAAUAGAUCUCAGGGAAAAGCCUAA